ACUCUCUUCCACCUCCCCUAUCUCUUCAAUGGGUGCUCUCGCUUCUCCUCUUCAGCCAAUAACGCCACCACCUUCAUCGGAAUUUUCUUUGUCUAAAUAUAGGGUUUGUGCCUCAUUUUGUAAUAAGAACACUUCCAACUGGAUAGAAUGUUAUGAUCCUUCUAACAAUUCUUGGAGUUAUCUUAGUUCCAUUCCAGGACUACUUAGUAAUCAUGUCUUGAAAGAUUUUGUAAUGGUUUCGUUAACUGAUUCAAUUUAUAUUAUUGGCGGCCGAUUAUGUCACAAGGAAAGAUCACCUUCGAGAUUCAGUGAAGAAGAAGUUAAUGUUGUUGGGAUUGAAGUAAGUUCGUUGGUUUUACGUUACAAUGUUCGAUUAAAUGAAUGGUCUGAAUGUGCUCCGAUGAAGAUGCCACGUUAUUAUUUUGCAUGUACUGCAUGGAAUAAUAAAAUUUACGUUGCAGGAGGUAAGUCUAAUUUAGAUAGUGCCAGGGGAACUUCAAGUGCCGAGGCAUAUGAUCCAGUGCUUGAUGUAUGGACUUCUUUACCUAGUAUGAGUACAUUAAGGUAUAAAUGUGUAGGCGUAAUAUUUCAAAGUAAGAUCCAUGUUGUCGGAGGGUUUGCAGUGAAAGUGAAUUCAGAUAAAAUGGAGCCAUUCAUAAUGGAGCGAAGUUCUGCUGAGGUGUACGACAUUCAAGAAGGGAAAUGGGAGCUCGUGGCAGGAAUGUGGCAGCUGGAUGUGCCACCUAAUCAAAUUGUGGCCACUGGUGGGAGGCUAUUCAGCUCCGGUGAUUGUCUAAAAGACUGGAAAGGUCACAUAGAGGUAUACGAUGGGAGGCUUAAUAUGUGGGAUGUGGUUGAUGGAUCACAUUUACAAACUCUCAAUUCUGCUAUUUCCACAUCAGAUGCCAACUCAGAAAAUAGGCCACCAAGGCAACGGCUGUACCUCACGAUGGCACCAAUUGGGACCCAUUUGUAUUUUCUGGCAGGGUAUCGAAUGGCUGGAGAAUUGCCACGUACGAUCUCAAUGGUUCAUAUUUUUGAUACCUCAUUAAGCAGUGAUGCAUGGAGAAGCUUUGAGCCCGUAGAAGAGGAUGGAGAAAAGCAGCUAUGUAGCCAUUGUUGUGUUGUUCAGAUUUCUUAGAUGUUUUUGAUUUGGAAGUGGUUUUACUUAGCUUAUUACCAAAUAAAUAUACGUUUUUACGAUUAAUUUAUUGAAUAUUUUAAUAUUAAU